AUAUCGUAAAUUCUGGGCUGAUGGGAGAUGCAAGAGUUGCACUUCUAAACCACGAAAACAACAAUCGAAGAGCGUUUUCGCGGUCGCAGUCGCACGCGCACGACGAGCUCCGCGGAUUCCGGCGGUGGCUCAAAUGCCUGUGCGUCGACCAGUCGGACCGCCGGACCGCGUGCCUCUCGUGGCUCGUAUUCUUCGUGCUGACCGUCGUGGUUCCCGCGGUCUCACAUUUCGUCUUCGCCUGCGGAGGCCGCGGCGACGACUGCGACAGCCUCCACAGCAGGCCGUACGACGCGGUGGCGCAGCUGUCGCUAAGCGGCAUCGCCGCCCUCUCCUUCAUUUGCCUGUCGGAGUUCGUGAGGAAGUUCGGCCUCCGGCGAUUCCUUUUCUUCGAUAAGCUCUGCGACGAGAGCGAAACCGUCAGAAAGGGAUACACCAAACAAUUUAAUAGAUCAAUGAAGCUCUUAUUCAUCUUCGUGCUCCCCUGCUUCGCGGCCGAGGGUGCAUACAAGAUAUGGUGGUACACCUCCGGCGGGACCCGCAUUCCGUUCCUAGGCAACACCGUAAUCAGCAACACGGUCGCGUGUGCCCUCGAGCUGUGCUCGUGGUUCUACAGAACGGUCGUUUUUUUCCUCGUAUGCAUACUAUUCCGUCUUAUAUGCUGCCUUCAAAUUCUUCGGCUACAAGAUUUCGCGCAGGUGUUUGUCCAGGUGGACUCGAACGUCGAAUCGGUCCUAAAAGAACAUUUGAGAAUUCGGAGGCAUUUAAGGAUCAUAAGCCAUAGAUAUAGAUUGUUUAUAUUGUGGGCUCUCGUUUUUAUUACCGCUAGCCAAUUCGCGUCGCUCUUUGUCACCACUCGUAAUGCCGACGUCAAUAUAUAUCACACCGGCGAACUAGCGGUUUGUUCAGUGAGCCUUCUAGCAGGGCUACUGAUUUUAUUACGGAGCGCUACUAAAAUCACCCACAAGGCACAGUCUGUGACGUGUCUUGCCGCCAAGUGGCACGUGUGUGCUACCAUUGACUCGUUUGACCAUACUGCUGAUCAAGCCCAUGCUACUCCGGUGGGCUGCGUAGCAGACGAGCAUCUCUUCACCUUAACUUCAGAUGGACCGUCGGAUCAAGAUGACGUGGGCGAUGAAGAGGAUGAAUUGGAUAAUACCCAAUUUGUCCCUUCGUACGCCUACAGCACUAUCUCAUUCCAGAAACGACAAGCAUUGGUAAAUUACUUUGAGAACAAUAGAGCUGGAAUUACGAUAUUUGGGUUCAUGCUAGACAGAAGUUCUCUUCAUACAAUAUUCGGGAUAGAGUUGUCAUUAGUACUGUGGCUGCUCGGAAAGACAAUCGGCAUUUCUUGAUUUGAAGUUUUGUAGACGCUAUAUCCGAUGAAAUAUUCUAGAUGAUCUCGAACCAUCGAUCGACACAUAAUAACACAUACUCAUGUACAUGUAUAUUUCAGUGGAUAAUUAUUUAUAUAGAUCAAUAGUUGGUGUAUCACGCUAGACGUAACAUCUCAUGGACCUUGAUUUGGAUAGUUACAUAUAUUCCACUACAUUAAUUAGUAAUACAAAUUAAGUACAAUGACAAUUUUUUUUUUCAAUAUAUUAUAUCAUGUAUUGUCAUUUAUAAAGAUUAAUCUUCAUUUUUUUUAAUUUAUUUGAUUACAA